AUGAACUAUAACGAGAAUAAUUUACCUGAAGCAAUAGGAGCGACGGCGGCAACACAAGAACGUCCUCAAGUUCAUCCAGCUCCCCAAAUGUUUGAUGCUUUCCAUCAAUCACCACACGGAGAAUUCAAACCCACCUUUUAUAAUCCUUUUGAAGUGAAACAUAGACGUCGAACUUCUCGUCAGCAAUUAAAAGUUCUCGAAAAGGCUUUCAAUGAAAAUCCGAAACCCCAUGCUGCUGUUCGUCAAGCGUUAGCUCAAAAGUUAAAUAUGACCCCUCGUGGUGUGCAGGUCUGGUUUCAAAACAGACGUGCCAAAGCAAAAAAACAAAAGAAUGUCGAAGACAAUCCUUCACCCGAGAAUAAUAUUUCUGUAUCUAGUCCUACAGACUCUUUAGAAACCUUCUUUUCUAACGCUGACUCGACGGCAACUGCCUCAACAGACCAUGUAUCUCAAGCUAAUAUUACUACUGAUCCAUCGAUGGAAAAUAUUAGUGAGCGAGCUAUUGCAGAAAGUAUUCCUAAUAGUCCUCAAGGCAAUAAAGCUUAUCAUUGUGGAUUUAGUACAAAUCAGUCGGAACCUUUCUAUGCUGAAGAACAAAAAUCCGUUGUUAGUGAAAUUCUUUCUCAUACGGACAAUGAUCAAGCUCCAAAGAGAUCUCGUCCGAAACCAAACAUUGACCCCCUUAAAACUACUUGGGAUACUCCAGAAGAAUACGAGCAUAUGGUUCAACAAAGACAAAUUCAUCAAUUUCUUCAAAAAACUACGAGUUCUCAGCAAGAUGAUAGUGAGUGGAUGCAUUCAAAUGUUUCUUCCGCUUCUACCGUGGCAUCUGAGUAUGUUUAUGAUCACAUGGAUAGUCUUAUCCCUCUUUCUACUCCACAAUCUGCCGUAACCAUCCCGGAUUAUUUCACCGAGUACACUUACAGCCCUACAGUUAGUUCCGUGAUUAGCGAAAAAGAUGCUAUUGACACCAACGAACCUUUGAAUCCGACUGCCUUCGCCAAUGUUCGUCGUAAUUCCUGUCCCGAGUUAAUGGCUUCAAUUUUAAACAUGAAGCUCGGAACUCCCGAAGAGAAGCGAUCUCUUUCAACCAUUAUUGAGGACGAAACACUUUAUAAUGAUGCGAACUUGCAUCAAUUUUUAGCCGUUCCUACUCAAGUGAAGCGCCGGUUUUCUGAACCUAUCAAUCGAUAUACCAUAUCCAAUGUUUCAGAAUUUCAUCCCGGACAUGGACAUUCAUUGGGAACGACCAUGACAUCCAACCAAGCAGCAUUUUCGUUCAGUUUAAAUUCAAUGCUAGGAAGCAACCAGCAACAUGACAACAAUGUUCAUUCUGCGCCAGAACUGCUUAGAGGACAUAGCUUAGAUUCGACCGUUUGGCCCACUUUGAAGGAACGUCAAAUGUGGAAUUAUGGUAUGGAUCUCAAGGCUGCCAAAUUACCAAUCGUUGAUACCUCUGAUUUAAAGGUUACCGAUGGUAGUGCUAUUGGUGUUGCACAUUGGAGUCCUUUAACCCCUUCAGAAAUUGAUGCUAAUUCUGUCAAUUCCAGUAUGACUAUGACCAUGACCGAUGAAAUGGGAUUCAUGCAUUUGUAUGGUAACUCGAAUGAUCAAGUGGUCAGAUAA